UUGUUGGUCCUCCUUGAUGACGUCACUACAACGCGCCGCACAUGGCGGGGUGAAAGGGCGAGCUGCCAUUUUUUUCUGGAGAAUUCUUCCUGAUUAGUUAGGCAAGCGAAGACAAGUUCUGAGUCCUUCUACCACCACGUUAACUGUUUUAUUAACACAUCCAGCUUACCGAACAGGUAUUCUACUCAGAUGUUAUCGAAAGUCGGACAUUUAAACUCUGGCUAAAGCUCGGGCUAGUUUAUAGUAUGCGGAUAGCUACUUAGGCUGCCGCUAGCUUACGUUAGCUGUGGCUGUAAACAAACACUUUAGCUACUGAACAAACAGUAACCCGCAAGCCAACUAAAAACGCUGCAUUUUUAUUUCUUCAUAUGAUUUCCUAAUUUUAGCGGCUGAUCUAACGCUACCUUGCUUGGGGCGGCAGGAGCACGCGUUUUUUUAAUCCUGCAUGUACUUGAGUCAAGUGAAAAGUUCACUCUUGAUGAUAGUGAGAGUUUUCCCCAACUAGCUCGGAGCUCAGUCGGUUUUGAGACCCGGGUCGUGUUGAGUCUGCUCCCAAGGACACAGCAUCGCACCGACAUGUCGUCGUUCUCUGAGGCGGCGCUGGAGAAGAAGCUGUCGGAGCUGAGCAGCUCGCAGCAGAGCGUCCAGACUCUGUCUCUGUGGAUCAUCCACCACCGCAAACACUCGGGCCUCAUCGUCAAAGUAUGGCAUAGAGAGCUGAAGAAAGCUAAAACCAGCAGGAAGCUGACGUUCCUCUACCUGGCCAAUGAUGUCAUCCAAAAUAGCAAGAAGAAAGGACCUGAAUUCACGAAAGACUUUGAAACUGUUCUUGUGGAUGCCUGCUCUCAUGUCGCCAGUGAAGUAGACGAGAGCUGUAAAAAGCACAUGGAGAGACUCCUGAACAUCUGGAAGGAGCGCAGCCUAUACAGAAGCGACUUCAUUCAGCAGUUGAAACUGGCCAUAGAAGACUCCAACAGCCCCCGACCAACAGUAGAGGAGAAGAAACCCGUGAAGCGAAGCUACCAGAAGAUCCAACAGCAGCAGCAGCAGGAGGAAGAUGAUGACGAUGACUACAGAAGCCACGGCUCUCCUCACAUCACGGACACCUCUGCACCUCAACUGACAGAGGAGCUGGUGAAAGCACUUCAGGACUUGGAGAAUGCUGCAUCAGGUGAUGCGGCUGUUCGGCAGAAAAUUGCCUCGUUGCCACAGGAAGUCCAAGACGUCUCAUUGCUGGAGAAAAUCACUGACAAGGAGGCUGCCGACAAGCUGUCCAAGACGGUAGAUGAAGCGUGUCUCCUGUUGGCCGAGUACAAUGGCCGACUGGCUGCAGAGCUAGAGGACCGCAGGCAGUUGGCCCGCAUGCUGACCGACUACAUCGGCAGCCAAAAGGAGGCGCUGGUCGAGAGAGAGAAGAAACUAGAGGAAUACAAGCAGAAGCUAGCCAGAGUGACCCACGUGAGGAAGGAGCUCAAGUCCCACAUCCAGAGUCUGCCUGACUUGUCCCUCCUGCCCAAUGUGACUGGCGGUCUGGCACCGUUGCCCUCAGCCGGUGACCUCUUCUCCACCGACUGAAUGGUUGAGCUCCAACUAGCUACCCCGCCACAUCCUCACGCACACACGCACACACACGCCCUCAGCCUAAAUAUUGCAGGUUGUGUCCUGAUGAGGUCACAUGUGCCAGCAGCACCCCUGCAGGACAAUAGAGGGGUGGGAGGGUGUGGGGUUCAUGGUGGGGAUAACAGCAUUAGGUUUGGUGACAUUGCAGCACUCUCCAAAGGAGAACAGAGACUAUGUCAGCCUGGUUUUUCUUGCUUAGAGUCCACACUUUUGCUUUUUGUUUUUAGUGGCUGUUUUUUUAAAAUGCUCAUCAUGAAUGGUUAAGGAGGGGUCGUGGCUUUCAGUGUGCUGUUUACAUUAGCUGGAUUCACUAUGCGCAAUUUGGCUUCACUGUGAUGAACAUGUCCCAUUCAGGAGUUGGGCGUCUUGGUUUUUUUUUUUUUUUU